CCCAUGUUGUUAAGGGGUGGAGAGCAGGACUGCACUCUGUUGAAAAACACCGCUUCUAACAGACACUUAAAAGAACACCGCUUCUAACUUAGAGACUUAGAAGAACGCUGCUGGGACAAUGUGAAGGAAAGAAUAUUCAGACAGGACUCGCAAGAACAGUCAUUUGCCGUCGACACACUCCGAGAAGUCCAGCAGUCUGAAGUCGUCUGCUGACUAAUGAACAAUUCGCUCCACCGCACCGCUUUUCUCUCGCUCUCUGGAAAACAACAAACCACAUCCUGAGAGACUGUCGGUGUCUCGGUGUCUCCCCCCGCACCCCUUCUCCUCCUUAUGCUCCACUGGGGGAAGCGGAGGGCAGGGAGCAAGAAAGCAGUCUGCUGCUCAGGAACAGGCCGGCCAUGACCCGCACGGGCGUCCAGCGGAGGCUGCUCAUCUGCUUCCUGGUGGUCAGCUCCAUGCUGGGCCUCUACACUCUGUGUGUGAGCCUGGAGAUCCAAGUGCCCUGGCGCAUGAUGGCUCUGGCACGCUUCUCAGGCACCCACCGCGUUCAGCAGCAGAGCAGCAACUACAGCCAAGGGACCACGACUUUACCUCACCCCACCCAUGUAUUGAAGCUGUCAACCGAACCGAACCACCAGCAUUCAAGUAGCGCGGUGAUUACAGCCCUAAAGGCCCAGGCCACUCGAAAUGGAGCUCUACCACGCCAGGAGAACAACACUACCAGUAGCCGCAGGCCGAGCCCUCGGAUCACCACCAGGAGCCUUCAGCUCACCAUCAAGGAUCCACCUUUUAUCGGAGACAGCUAUGCCAGAGAAGAAGCCCCACCGCAAACUGAGUGUGCGGACGGUAUUCGCAGCAGGGUGUCUCAGACUGAGUUUGGGGAGAGGUUCCUGGUCAACAUCCCUGUGCUGCAGUGGGCCAAGCACGCCACCCAGGAUCAGUACGAGCGUCUUCAACAGUACCCCGGGACCCACGGAUGGAAAGGGCUCAGCUUCCACACCGUCCUGGCAUCCCUGUCGGUCCUCAACACGGAGGCAAACCGUCAGAUGUUAGAUGAUUGGGCACGCAGGGCAAAUGGAUCGCGCUCGCGCUGCAUGCGGUGUGCGGUGGUGGGUAAUGGUGGGAUAAUGAACGGCUCAAAGAGAGGACGGGAGAUCGACCAGCAUGAAUACGUCUUCAGGACCAACGGGGCUAUCACCAAGGGCUUUGAAGAGGAUGUGGGUACGCGUACCACCCACUACACCUUCUCCACCAAUACGAUGCGCAACUCCAUGGCCAGCUAUGGAGGUCAGGGCUACCAUGGCCCCCCGCAGUCUGAGGAAACACGCUAUGUUUUUUUGCCUGAUCAAGACCGUGACUAUCUGCUGCUGAAGGCUGCUGCCAUGAACACCACAGUUGAGCGAGGACCCGAGAUGAACCAGAAGGCGUCCGUUUACUUCGGGAAGACUGUUUCAGUUCACAACAUCAAGAUGUACCAUCCUGAUUUUGUCCGUUACAUCAGAAACAGGUUCCUACGCUCACAUACCCUGACGACCAAAUACAAGGAUAUUUACCGUCCAUCAACAGGAGCUGUGAUGCUGCUGGCUGCUAUGCACACUUGUGACAAGGUGAGCGCAUAUGGAUUCAUGACCCCCGACUACAGCAGGUACUCAGACCACUACUUUAACAAACAGUACAAGCCUGUGGGCUUCUACAUCAACCACGAUCUGAGGAUGGAGCUGAAUCUCUGGCAGCAGCUCCACAAGGCAGGACUUCUCCAGCUCUACAUGAGGCCUUGAAGGCCACAGCCUGGGGCUCGCCUGAAGACGCUUCCCAUGAGGGAAAGGGGGAAGGCAGGCCUACUGAGCAGGCUGACAGGAACCCCUACCUCUCCCCCUUCUCUCUUCCCCCCCCCCCCCCCCCCCCCGUUCAGGAAGAUAUAUUUACUUACUGUUGCUAAGCAGAUGCAACGCUGACCUGUCUUGUACAUUCCUAAGCGGACAGCUCCAAAAUAGCUGCAAGGUUUGUAAUGGCAGUUUUCUAAAAUGCCAGUUCCUCAGCACGUUUUGUUUGGGGUUUACCAGUUCCUCACCAGGCUAAUCGGGUAGGCACACCCGGUCCAGGAAACAUUAGUUGUGUCGAAGAGGAAUAGGCAGCCUCUUCCAUUAAAAUGCCCUCCUUGCCCUAAUGCUCGAUUUGAGAACUACCAGCAGCAGUCAUGGUCUGUUUUUCUGAUAUUCAGUAAGAUGUACGUUUCACUGUGGCAACUCAAACAUUUGACCAAAAUGACUACAUAUCUGCCAUUUAGCAGUACAAAGAUUGAUGCUCCAACUUUCGUUUUUUGCGUUAAUGUGAAGUUCUUUGUUGUGGAGAGAAUCAGGGUGUUGGGGGGGGGGGGGGGGGUUACAGAGCAGGAUACUAUGCCUUUUCUUUGCUGCCAUAGCUACAAUGGUCUCUAUGGUGUGUAUGUGUGAGGACUUAUCACCAGGACCGUCUGAGGUCGAAUAUUUAACGGUUGUCAGGAAUCCUUGUUUCUUUUACAUUUUUUUUUUGUAAAUGAGGAUGAACCCAAGGGCUGGGAACGAAGUCACGUGACCACUGAUAUUUUUUACUGUUAGGAUCCUGAAAUUACGUAUGUUGAUUUAAUGUUUGUCUGAGUAUAGGAGCCUGUAAAAGUGUGUGUGUGUGUGUGUGUGAAAGCAUGGUAGACACCAAAGAAAAGCAUCAAGGAAGAAGCUUUUAUUAAAAUACGGCUCAAACUAUUUUUCUUCUGCACUUUAAUGAGACUCCUUCUUUACAGAUGAAGCCCAGUGCUUUUUUUUUGGGGUGUCAAUGCAAAAUGUCUAAUAGCAAUGUGUAUUCACACUGAAUGAUGGAGUUAUGGGAUUGAUCUCUUUGUGCAAUUUGUAAAAUGACAGCUAUAAUAAAUCUGUGAAUUUGCAAAGUAAAAUCACUGA